CCUCAGCCAACAUCCUCAACCUCGGCACUCCCCAAACCCAAACUCCGCCUCGAGCUCCGCGACCUCUGCCACGCAUCCACAGACCUCUUCCUCCACAACUUCUCCGCCUCGAAAGACUUUGCAAACCUCGUCGACAUUGUGCUAAAGCGACUCUACACCGUGCCCAACCAUGACGAUGCUUCCACAACAAGGCCAACACCAUCGCAUCCAAAGAUCCCAGGCACGAGGUCUGUAACGUUGAUUUUGCGUGAUAUGGAGGGUGUGGCGUACACAACUGGCACAGAAAUCGACGACGAUCACAAGGAGAUUUAUCUCUCGCUGUCCUAUCUGACUCAUGUCGCGGUGCAGAAACCUGGCUACUCUGCGCGUACAGAGAUCUUGGGGGUGGUGUGUCAUGAGUUGGUGCAUUGCUUUCAGUGGAAUGCAAAGGGUACUUGUAAUGGCGGGCUUAUCGAGGGUAUUGCGGAUUGGGUGCGACUUAAUGCUGGUUUCAUCCCUCCGCAUUGGAAGAAAGAGGCGGGAAAGAGUUGGGAUACUGGUUAUCAGAAUACUGGCUACUUCUUGGAUUGGAUUGAGAGGACAAAGGGAGUGGGUAGUGUCUACAAAAUCAAUCAGGCAUUGUGUCAUAAAGAGUACAAGGAUGAUACAUUCUGGAAGCACUUGUUUGAUCAAGAUGUUGAUAGUCUGUGGAAAGAGUACUCCGAGUCAUUGAAG